AUGUAUAUCAAGCGCUUGGAAAUCGAUGGCUUCAAGUCCUACUCGAAAUUACAGGUGAUUGACGGAUUUGACACACAGUUCAACGCUAUUACUGGACUGAAUGGGACUGGAAAGUCGAAUAUACUGGACUCAAUCUGCUUUGUACUUGGGAUUACGAAUUUGACGCAUAUUCGGGCAGGCCAACUCACUGACUUAGUAUACAAACAAGGACAAGCCGGUAUUACUAAAGCAACUGUGACGAUUACUUUUGACAACAAGGACAAGAAGCAUGGUCCUAUUGGAUACCAUAACUGUGACGAAAUAACUAUAAAACGACAGAUAGUUGUUAAUGGUCGAAAUACGUAUAGCAUUAAUGGUUCUACAACAACGAAUGCAAAGGUAUCUGAUUUUUUCCGCAGCGUUGGUCUCAAUGUAAAUAAUCCUCAUUUUCUCAUCAUGCAAGGACGCAUCACCAAAGUCCUUAACAUGAAACCUCAUGAGGUAUUUUUUAGACUUCUAGAUUUUCGCCUUUAUGAGUCUAAAUGA